UUAUAAAAUUUUAACAUUUUAUAGAAAUGAUGAAGUUUGUUAAUUAUAUAUUUGUGUGAAUGAUACAUUAAAGAACAUACAUUAAGAAACAGAAAUAAAAAAUAAGAAGAAAAGAGAAAGGAGUUAACGACCAAAAUGAAAAAUAAUCAACAAUGCACGAUUCUUAACACGAGUGAGACCAACAAUUAUCAUCAACCGGUCUCGGCAAAACCUUCAGUUGUUUCAGUAUCAAGUAUUGAUUCCGACGUCAGUGACAGAAGAGAUGUACGAGAAGAAUUGUACGCCGGGAUUUUUAGGAGGCACAGAAAAACUAUAUUGGUACUAGGCAGUUUUCUCAAAAUGUUAAGGAAAUAUUUAAACAGAUUGCAUGAACUGAGCCGAAUAUGCACCUUAAUUGCUUUAAGAUUCGAACUGCAUCAAAAGUUUUGGUAAAUUCACAAUAUUUUUCUGCAUUUUGCUAUGCAUUAUAGA